AUGAGGACUUCCCCCACCCUCCGUCCCAGCCGCUCGACCGCCAGCGACAUUGCCCUCCUGGGCAACCUCUCCCUCAGCACACACACAAUGGAGCGCCUCGGCCUGGGGACGGCACACAAGGUGGCUCCGACGCGUGUCUGCACGGGGCGCGACGACGAAAGUGGCAAGAACCGCGACAGCAAGUAUCCUCAGCACUGCGUGCCGAUCAUGAUGGAGUGGUCGACCUGGUACUGCUUCUACUGCCUCAAGUGCGGUACGGGUACGGGCAAGGGCACGGGCAAGGUGAAUGGCUGGGACAACUUCCGAGCAACCAGCUUCACGACUCAGGAACUCGCCGAGGACUUGUUCUUCUAA